AUGUCAGCCUACCCCGCAUUCGCUAUGGGUGGAUUCUGCCUGCUGGGAGGGUUAACAGGCUUUGCCCGUACUCGAAGCAUACCCUCCCUCGUCGCUGGAGUUGGUGUCGGUGCCGCUUACCUCUGGGCUGGAGAUCGUAUCCGGAAGGGCCAGCAGAAUGGAAUUGAAGCAGCUAUCGGAGCUUCGGCUGUCCUCUUUGCUGGAUCCGCUCCCCGAAUGCUUAAGGGGCCAGUCCCCGCGAUGUUAACUGCGACAUCUACGGCUGCAGGCAUUUACUAUGGGAAAACUGCAUACGCUUUAAGAAGGCAUGAUGCUGAGAACCCGCAUGCUCAUUAA